UUGAGUCCCGGGAUGGCGCGCCAGGUGCCCAUCAGCUUUAAGGACCUGGCCGUGCGAUUCUCAGAGGAAGAGUGGCGGCUCCUACAGGAGGGAGAGAGGGAGUUCUACCGAGACGUGAUGCGGGAGAACUACGAGACACUGGUCUCUGUGGGGACAGCGGAGCUGCUUCCCCUCUCCGCUUUCCUGUCACCUACAGAGCCUGGAAGAGCCCCGGGGACAGAGAACUGUGCUGGACAGGGGCAGGGGCCUCCUGCAAGGGCUGGCCCCCAUGGAGGACAGCCCCAGCACAGCCUACAUCUCACCGCCCUGGUGCAGCUGGUGAAGGAGAUCCCAGAGUUCUUGUUCAGAGAAGUCAAGGGCACUGAAGAUAGCCCUGAGAGCCGGGGAGCCAGCCUGGAUGGAGAGCGAGCGAGCCCCAGGGCAGCAGCUGUGGCGGCAGAGGCCUGCCCUCCUCCAGGCGUGCUCACCUGCCUUCCGGAGAGGCCCCCGGAGAGGCCCCCGAGCCGCACGGGCCUGGCCACCACACCCGCAGGCAGCUCCUCUUCCAGUGGCCCUCCAGGAGAGCCGGGGCAGGGAAGCCCCCUCCCCAUCAGAACUGCUGACAAACCUCAGCCUCCUGGAAAGGAAGGCCCGGGUGAGGAGCCCAGCCCUCCCACCUGUAGCCCUAGCCAUAGGAAGGGCCAGAGAAGACCGGAGAGAGGGACUGCGGGGCCAGGAAUCUCUCCCAGAAACAGCCCCUUGCAAGGCCUCGUCAACUGCCUCAAAGAAAUGCUCGUGCCUGCGCCCCAGCGCACUGAGGCAGCUCUGAGCUUGCAGCCUUCCCUCCCUCCCCGGAGUGCUUCCAAGCACACACAGGUGGAGAUGCCCGGGUGCCCGCCCUGGCCAGUGAAGACCGAGGCGGCCUCGGCGGCGGAGGACUGUCCCCUCAAGGGUCUGCUCAACUGUCUGAGGGACAUCCCAGAAGCCCGGCACCAGCGUCCCAGCCCCUCAGCACCAGGGGAGCCAUGGCCACCUGAGGACACAGGGGCCUGGAAGAGGAAUUCUGGAGGUCACAGACGCCUCCACACCCCUCCGCCCCGCCCCGGCCCCGGCGGCACAUUCCCUGUGGUGAAGGUGGAGGACAGCUGGAGCCAGAGCCCCCUGGCGCCUGCAUCAUGCCAGCUCAGCAGGCAAGGCUACAGUUCCUCCACCGCUGCAGACACCAGAAGGGGCCGAGUACCCCUGUGGGGCGCCGCAAGUCAAGCCAGCAGGGCCUCAAGCUCACCCCUGGAAGCGCUGGAGGCCUGCCUGAAGGGCAUUUCCUCAGCUGGACCAUCACCUCCCCAGCUGGUGGCUGCUUCUUGGUCCCGGAGCCCCCAGCCAGGAGAUGCUGGGUCUCACAAGCCAGAGCUUCAGCCUCAAGGAUCGCACAGUGAAGAGGCCACGACGGAGCCCCUGCCACCGCUGGGCCUGCGGGGCUGUGUGAGAGAGGGCCCCAGCCAGCCCCCCGGCCCCCAGGGCACUCCCACCAGCUUCUCCUCCACCAGCAGCAUUGACGGCGACCUAGACUUCGGGAGCCCUGGGUACAGCCAGGGCCAGCAGUUUGGAAAAGGAUACCUGCCAGGAAGUUCCCCGCUCCAGAGCCUAGAGAACUGUCUCAGAGAGAUCCCCGUGCCCAGGCUGCAGCCUGCCUGGUCCUCUUCCUCUGCCGUGGACAGGGGACUGAGGAGGACGGAGCCCAGGAACUGGACAGCAGACAAGGAAGGACUAAGGGCUGAGGCCUGUGAGCCAGCCCGUCUCAGGCAGGGUGGGGGAGAAGUGCACACCAGGAGCCUCCGUCUAGCCAGCCCGCAGGCCUUCACCUCCAGCUGCAUGACCACCUGCCACCAGCGAAGGCCCAAAGAUCCAGGGCCCCCCAGGCCAGGCCCGUGGAGGUGGUUGCAAGAUGGGACAGCCACCAUGCCCUCCCCCCUGCACUGCCUGGAGAGCUCUCUGAAGGGGAUCUUGCCUAUGAAGCCCUUGCGCUUUACCUGCUUGGCCGGCCCUGGCCCCAGCCCCAGCCCCUGCUCUAGCUUGAGUCUCAGCAGCUCUGAUGGAGAAGACCUGAGGCUGGAUCCCGAGCUCUGGCAGCCACCCCUCCAGGAGAGAGACCACCUUCCCAACUGCAAGCGUCCUCUCUCUGUGUCCCCUGCCCCGGGAGGGUCUCCCAGAGGUGGCGGCGGCGGCAGCGGCAGCGGCAGCAGCAGCAGCAGCUGUGUUGGGGGACACCCUGAGGGAUCACAGCCCAAGGACUAUGGCAGCCUCAGUACAGGAAAAACAGAAGAGGGGACAAUGGAGGUCAGGUCCCUGACACCCAGGGGAGAAGAGGGUACAGAGAGCCCUGGCCAUCCUGGCCCUCUGUGCAGUGGUGGAGAAGUAGAGGCCCCUGGGCAUUCUAGUCCUGCCCCACGGCCAGAGGAACACCCUGUGCCCAGGGAGGAGGAAGAGCCCAAGGGCCGGGAACCAGGACAUGGAACACCCCACACUGCAGAUCCAUCCCAAGGUGGGCUGCUGUCCAAGGACCCCCUGGAACCUCCCAGCAAGUCCCCCCCACCCACAGCUGCCCCUCACCUGCCACCGUGUCCCUGUGGGGGGGCCCUGCAGCAGGAACUGCGCAGCCUCGGUGCUGCUCUCGAGGCGAAGCUGGACCGGCUGGCUGCGGCCCUCGUGGGCCUGACUCAGGAAGUGGCCACCAUGAGGACCCAGGUGGACCGGCUGGGGAGGCGGCCCCGGGGCCCCGGGCCCAAGCCGUGGGCCCUUCCUCGGGGACCUCGGUGGGCCAGUGGUCUGGGUCACAGACACCUGCCCUACUGGAGACAGAAGGGCCCCACCAGGCCUAAACCAAAGAUCUUGCGGGCCCAGGUGGAAGGUGGCAGGGCCGCUGACCUCCAGGGCCUCUCCAGAGGGAAGGCCUACCUGGUGCCUCCACCGCCUCCAGCUGCUCCUCCCACAGAACCUUCCAGGCCCAGCGUCAGCCCAGCCCAGCAGCCCCCCUCUUCAGUACCCAGCUGCCACGCUGUGUUGCCUGGGCAGCCCCUCCUUGGACACACUGGGCGCCACCAGAGCCCUCCCCCACCCUUAGUACCUGCUGCCUUGUCUCCUCGGGUGACCCCCCCUGCAACCAGUUCGGAUACAGACCCGCUGACUUCAGGGGUGUCACCGAUCAGCACCCCAAACAAGCCCAAGGAGCCAAGCAGCCUUGUGGGAGGAGGCCUCCGGGAGGACCUGUGGGGUGGUGAACACCGGGACCCACGGUGGGGGGCCCAUUAGCUACUCGCUGUCAGUCAGCUCGUCUUCCUGGCGUGCCCGCCCGGGCAGCCUCUCUGUCCGGUCCCAUCUCCCGCUGGGCCCUCAGCCCUGCUCCUGGACGCACAGACCCAUGGUGGUGUCUGCGCUCAAGGCCCGGUGGGGAUGUUUCUAGCCACACCUCAGGGUUUCUUGGCUCAGGGUCGGCCAGACGCUCCCCUGACCUCUCCAGAACCGUCCCGCGGUGGGCCAGUGGCUUGCGCAGCAUGGCCAUGAGGCACCCCCCACCAGCCCCUCCUGAUCGCCAGCACAGAUCUCCUUUUGGAAGAACCAAUCUGGUUUAAACCGGAUUUACUCACACGGAUUCUAGAACAUGAGCUACUAAAGAAAGGCCCUUGGCUCCCAUCCAGUAGUGCUCAGCGGGACCCACAUGGGGGGCGUGGCUGACAUGAUUGUGUCACCAGUACUGCCAGAGCGCGCGUGCACGCCGCACACACACACACACACACGCGCAUCCCAUUGUACUUGCCUCCCAGGGCUAUGUAUAAAGUGCUACCGAUUUAACCAGCAUGGGUGGCUUAAACUAGAAGCUCCAAAUGAAGGUCCUGUGGGGGUUGGUCCUGCCUGUGGGCUCUGGGGAGGGGUCUGCCUCAGGCCUUUGUGCCCCUAGGCAGCUAGCUUCAUAUUCACAUUUAUCUCCAAAGCCCCCUUGGGACAGGGCACUGGUUUUAUUGGAUAGGGCCCACUGGUAAGCUCGUUCAAACCAUGUGAAGACCCCUGCCCCCUUCCCCCUCUGCAGGGCGAGGGCUUCGGCAUAUCAGCACACAGGGCCCCGUUCACAUGGCACUGCCCAGGCUGCUUCCGCCCUGAUGAGAUCCAUGCCUGCCCCCAGCCCCACGUCCAGUGUCUGGUGUGCAUUGCGGCGGGUCUGCCCUUUUAACGCACUUGUCCUUACCAGAGCCGGAGCUCAACCUCUUGGGUUGAUUGAAUUCCCUAUUUAAUCAGGAAUUUUCUGAACUGUGCCUAUACGUUUGGUACCUGAGGAAGGCCUGGCGUGCUGUGCACUGCGUGGUUUAGCCUUGCCACCAGGACCCUGGGGGGGGGGGGGCAGUGCUGGUGCCAGGACCGCAUAAGCAGCCCCUGUGGCUGCUUUGCCCAGGCCUCCCCCAAAUCAAGAGUUGUGAGACUGCUGGGCCUCCAUCAGUGUGAGUGGGAAGCCCUCCCAAAGCCUGGGGACUGCAGCACGGCACACGCAAGUGUUUUCAGGACUAGGUUUCAGAGAAGGGUCCACUGGAUAGUCAUGAUUUGUGGGAUGUGUGUGUGUGUGUCUGUGCGCGCACAUUAGUUGGUACUGGGUCUUGAACAGACUGCACUCUCCUGUGAUGGUUUUGCUCAAGGCUGGCACUCUACCACUUGAGCCACACCUCUACUUAGGAAUGUUUCCAAUCGUGUGAGCAGGAUGCUGACUGAAGCAAAUGACCCGGCCUGAAGCUGGGUGGUGGCAAAGAACAGAAGGGCAAACUCUCCAACCCUGGAGAGCUGAGCAGGUCUAGCUCCUUUUCCAGCUGAGCUGGGAGGGCAGUGCUUGGCUCCUUCCAUGUCAGUAGGAAGACUCAGGGUGUAGGCAGCCGUGGCCAGGAGGAAAGUUCUGUUCGCCAGGCCUGGAUCCUCCAGUUGUACUGUAUGACAGAGCAGUUGGGCUCCAGGCUCAACAGAUGGCAGGUGCAUGCCCCGUGCUUGCUGGUACAAGUGAGCAAACCAGCCCAGGCUCACACAGCUUUCAGCCAGCGGGGCUAGGAAGUAGCCAGACCCCUCCUCAGGGCUGCCAGCUGGUGGUGUGGCGCAGACAUCACCCUACCUGUGCCUGCUUGAAAUAAACAAGGCGACAGCCAAGCCCGGCCUGGGCAAGCCACAGCGAGUGGGACCGGGCAGUGCGCUCAAGGAGAAGCUCAAGGUUGUGGAAUCUGAAUACAUAAGUGGUAAGUUCCGUGAUGGCUUGCCUCAUUCUGCAUAGGCCCACAGGUACCCCAGCUGUUAGCUGCAGAGGUUGUGGAGCCACAGACUUGGUGAUAAGUCUGCAGUGCAGGGGUUGGUGCCGUAGCUAGCUCCUGUACAGGGUUGUUUUGAAGAGGAGGUGGGGCUGCUUUGAUUUGGGAGCAUUUUUCAUUUUUUUCUUUUAGAUUUUUUUUUUUUUAGCAUUUCCUGAAGUA